CCCGAGAGCGGGCGGGCGGCUCGACUCGGCCGUCCGGACUAAGUUGACCGCCGUGUUGUGCCCGCCUCUCACUUUUCCGCCUCAGCCUGCGGCAUGGCCGAGGAGCUGCUCUCUUUCCGGGCCUUCCAGAGCAGCUGCCCUGCCGGCUAUGGCUACGGAGGCGAGCUGCGCGGCCUCCGGGAGCGCGAGUUCCCACGGCUCCGAGGGAUGACUUACCUUGACCAUGCAGGUUCCACACUUUUCCCUGAAAGUCUACUUACAGCUUUUACAGAUGACCUCAGAAACAAUGUUUAUAGCAACCCUCAUAGUCAGAAUAUCAGCAGCAAACUGACAUACGACACAAUUGAGCAUGUCCGAUACAGAAUAUUACAACAUUUUAACACUACAUCUGAAGAUUAUACUGUCAUUUUCACAUCUGGAUGCACGGCUGCACUUAAACUGGUAGCAGAAGUAUUCCCGUGGGUACCUGAGGGCACAGAGCAACCGAGUAGUCGAUUCUGUUACCUCACUGACAGCCACACAUCUGUGGUGGGUAUGAGAGGCAUAACUGCCUCAAUGAAUGUAUUAUCUGUUCCAGUAAAACCAAAGGAUAAGAUGUUAUUGGAGAAAGACUGGUUAUCAGCUGAAGAACAAAACUGCACAACACCUCAUCUUUUCUCUUAUCCAGCUCAGAGCAAUUUUUCUGGUACCAAAUAUCCCCUUUCAUGGAUACAAGACAUAAAAUCUGGAAAAUUCUGCCCUGUCAAAAUACCAGGGAAGUGGUUUGUUCUAUUAGAUGCAGCCUCAUACGUGAGCAGCUCUCCAUUAGACUUGGGAGUUCACCAAGCUGACUUUAUCCCCAUCUCAUUCUAUAAAAUCUUUGGAUUCCCUACUGGCUUAGGAGCAUUACUGGUAAACAACCGGAUUGCCCCCCUCUUGAGGAAAACCUAUUUUGGAGGUGGAACUGCUGCUGCCUACCUUGCAGGAGAAGACUUUUACUUCCCAAAGAAGUCUAUAGCAGAAAGGUUUGAAGACGGCACAGUCUCUUUUCUUGAUAUCAUUGCUUUGAAACAUGGAUUUGAUGUUCUGGAAAAACUCACAGGUGGAAUGGAGAAAAUAAAACAGCAUACGUUUGCAUUAGCUCACUACACCUAUACUGUGCUGUCUACCCUAAAAUAUGCCAACGGGGCACCUGUAGUACGUCUUUACAGUGACACAGAUUUCAGCAGUCCAGAUGUCCAAGGUCCAAUCAUUAAUUUCAAUGUGCUCGAUGAAAGUGGAGAAGUGAUCGGCUUUUCACAGGUGGAAAAGAUGGCCAGCCUCUGCAACAUACAUGUCCGCACAGGUUGCUUCUGUAACACAGGAGCCUGCCAGAUGCAUUUGGGUAUAAGCGAUGAGGACAUCCAAAAGAACCUGCAGGCUGGCCAUGUCUGUGGAGAUGAUAUUGACCUAAUUGAUGGACGUCCCACUGGUUCUGUGAGAAUAUCCUUUGGUUACAUGUCUUCUUUUGAAGAUGCACAGGCAUUUUUGAAAUUCAUCAUAGCCACAAGGUUCUCUAAGUCAGACACUGAGAUUCCCUUUCAAUCCUCUGCUACGCAGCUGACAACAGAACCUGCCCCAGAUGACCACUCUUACUUUAACAGCGUCAAUAAAUUGUCUGCAAGAACGCAUAUUGCAGAUAGAGAACAUAGGAAUAAUCCAUCUGGAACAGAGAGGACUGUCGGUUGGCAGUCACCGGAGUCUCAGUCGGAAAGCAUAAGGGAAGCUCUUUCUGAGGUUGCUGUGCCAAAGAUUAAAAGGGGUGGCAAGCCCAUUACUGUCAUCAAUAUUUACCUGUAUCCAAUCAAAUCUUGCUCUGCAUUUGAGGUUACAGAAUGGCCGGUAGGAAAUCAAGGUUUGCUGUAUGACCGUAAUUGGAUGGUUGUAAAUCAAAAUGGAGUGUGCAUAACUCAGAAGCAGGAGCCAAAGUUGUGUCUUAUAAAUCCCUCAAUUAGUCUGAAGCAAAAGAUUAUGGUCAUUCAGGCAGAAGGCAUGGAUCCAAUAUCUGUAUCACUAGAAGAAAAUAUUGGAAAAGAGGCUGUGAUCUGUGAGAGUAAAGUCUGUUCACACAGGGUGAAAACAUAUGACUGUGGAGAAAGAACUGCUGCCUGGUUCUCUACAUUUCUUGGUCGUCCGUGUCGCUUGAUAAGACAAAGUCCAGAUGGGAAAAAUGACGCGCAACACAAAAAUACAAGAGGUCUGACAUGUGCUACAAGCAUCUCGCUCUCUCUUGUGAAUGAAGCUCAAUACCUCCUGAUAAAUGCAGCCAGCAUUCUGCAGCUGAAAGAACAUGUUGCUCCAAGAUUGAAAGAGCCAUUGGAAAUAGAGGAAUUAAUCCGACGUUUCCGUGCCAACAUUGUCAUCAGUGCACCAGAAUCCUUUGAAGAAGAAGAGUGGGCUGAGAUCUCAAUAGGUUCUCUGGGAUUCCAGGUUGUGGGUCCAUGUACCAGAUGUCAAGUAAUCUGCAUUGAUCAACAGUCUGGGGAACGAAACAAAGAAUUUCUGCAGUCUCUGUCUGCUGCCAGGGGUAAAAAGACAAACUUUGGCAUAUACCUGAUGAACCAGCCCUUGCGCUCAUCCCUUCCAGGUAUUUUAUCAGUUGGAUCUGAAGUACUUCCAAUAUUGAAGGAGAGUACAGAAAUUCAACACCCGACAUUCAGUGAAGAAAAAUGUUCAGGAUAGAUUUCUUGGCGGAGAAGAGAUGCAACUUAAAAAACAAGUCACUAGUCAGUAAUUUGAAAA